AGCCAGAGCAGUUGAACAAUCUUAUUACGUUCGGCUUGGAAGUCAUUAAUUUGUGCGAUCACCUGACUCUGAGCAACCUGACUGGCUAUUUUAACAACCCGGAACUUUUGGCGGAUUUGGUGGAUAAAUUACCUGCAACAAGGAAACUUGAGUGGUCUAGGUACAAAAACAAAUAUUCCGAACCAACGCUAAAGGAGUUCGGCGAAUUCAUAGAGACGCUGGUAGACGAUGCAUGCGACGUCACCACUUACGUUCCUCCUAGAGCAGAUCAAACGAGAUCAAGAAGCUUCCACUCCCACUUGCACGUGCAACACUCCGACCCAGAACCGCCUGCACAUACGUCACACACUUCGCGACAAGUCAUUAUAAAAUGCCUGGUAUGCGCUACGCCGGGACAUGCCGCCAAGCAUUGCGAAACGCUCAAGAGAAUGACCGUGGACGAACGGUGGGAAAGCGUAACGCAAUUACAACUUUGCUCGACGUGCCAGAACAGACAUGGUACGAAACCGUGUCGAUCACGAUUCACAUGUCGGGUGCCAGGAUGCGGCGAAAGACACCACACUCUGCUACACCGAGAUAGAGAAUCACCUAAGGGCGUGCACUACCAAGCUCAUCACUACAUCAAGCAGCCGGCGAUUUUCCGCAUCGUGCCAGUUACGGUGUACCACGGCCGGCGCGCCAUCGACACCGUCGCCUUUCUUGAUGAGGGAUCAGCCAUCACCCUGGUGGAAGCCGAAUUGGCCUCGAAGUUGGGACUUGACGGAGAGGUAGAACCACUAGAGCUCUGCUGGACAGCCAACGUAACCCGGAAGGAAGAAGAGUCCCGCCGCGUCAGUUUCCAGAUAUCUGCGAGAGGAGAGGGGCGGCGCUACGACAUAGCGGCCGCCCGCACCGUCAAAGAGCUAAGUUUGCCGUCUAACAACAUUAAAUACGACGCACUGAUAAGUUCCUUUACACACUUACAGCACCUUCCGAUGACGUCCCUGGCUAACGCGAAGCCGACCAUCCUGAUCGGACUGCGAGACAUGCAGUUGAUGCGACCGCUCGAAACACGGUUUGGCCUACCCCAUGAGCCCGUCGCAGUAAGGAGUGCCCUCGGCUGGGCCAUCUACGGACCAACCGACGCGCGUGCUGAAAGGAUGACCCUAGGAGUACACCAAACACCCCGACAGGAGGAGGAGAGCUUCUGCGAAGACAUUCGCGAUGAAGGAACGAGCAACGACACACCAACUGAAAAGCCCCACUCGAACUCCCGCGAAACCCACCGCGAUGAGGGAGCGCGUGAGGGCGUGCUGGAGGACGUUGCCGUACCACGACAAUCGGCAACUCGGCAGGAAGAAAACAAACACUUCGCACAACACCAGAACUAGCGAACGCGCUAAGAAGUAGCUACCAACGAGCGAUUGUCCUAGCAGAGGCCAUGUGGGAUCGAUGGCUGAAGGAAUAUAUACCGACCCUAAACCGCCGCAGUAAAUGGUUGGAGCCAUGUAAACCACUAAAACCAGGAGACCUGGUUUUCAUCACAGAGGGUGCAAGGAAGGAAUGGCUGAGAGCAAUCGUACUGGAAACAUACCCGGGCACGGAUGGCACAGUAAGGCAAGCACUGGUACGUACAACUACGGGGAAGGAACUAAAACGUCCGGCAGUAAAACUAGCGUUGAUCGAUGUUGAAGUGAAAGAUGGGGAAAACAUAGACGAGCAAAAUAAGCCGAAAAUACCAAUGCAAACUAGUAGGAUAUGAGUGAACAGCAACAACGUGCAGGCAGAUGUGUUCACGCGGUGGGGAAUGUUGGAACGGAUAUUGUUGUUGGGACGGCUUUAAACUGACAGCGGAUUGUUGAUGUUCGAAUGAGUUCGAAUAUUGAUCUAUGAUUUCGAAUAAUGAUAGGUGCCAUCAAUGCCCACUAGAUGGCGUAUAGAAUAGAUCGUGGAAAAGGGAAUAGAUCGUGGAAAAGAGAGGGAAAUCAGUUAGAAGAAACCAACCAGCUCUCCGAAAAAAGGGACAAAAUCGCGGUUAAGGUCAGAGAGGUCAAACCGAUUUAAGCGCGCUAAAAACACUUAACGAGUCCAUUCGCAAAGGAGAAGCCAAGACGUUUUUUAAGCUUAACACAAAUAAACAAGUCUCGCUACAAAAAGCUUGGUUUUCGUGAUUAUUAUAUUAAAUAAACCCCUUUGCAAAAGCGAUCGUC